AUGCGUUUCACUGCUGCCGCUGUUGCCCUCUUCGCUGGCCUUGCUGCCGCCCUUCCCCAGGACGUCGAGACCGUCACCUCCACUGACGAGGUCACCGUCAUCUCGUGCGCUCCCACCGUCACCAACUGCCCCGGCAACUCCGGUGCUGGUGCCACCUACCCGGCCACCACCCCGGCCUGGACCUCCGUUCCUGCCGUGACCCCGGUCCCCGUUGUGACCCCCUACCCCAGCGCCCCGGCUCCUGAGGUCACCACCAUCUGGUCCACUGUCAGCUACUGCACCUACAGCGUCACCCCUGUGGUCAGCACUGUCGUUCCCAGCGCUCCCCCGGCUCCCUCCGGUGGCGCCGGUGGUGUUCCCCACAAGCCCUCGCCCAAGCCUUCCGGUGUCGCCCCCAGCGCUUCCGCUAGCCCGGCUCCCACUUACAACGCUGCCGGCGCUGUCACUGGCUCGAUCAGCUUCGCUGGUCUGGCCGCCGCCGCUGCCUUCUUCAUGGCAUAA